GGGGGACCCAGAGGGGCUUUGACGUCAGCCUGGCCUUUAAGAGGCCGCCUGCCUGGCAAGGGCUGUGGAGACAGAACUCGGGACCACCAGGCUGCACUAUGCCGACCCCCAGCGCCUCCUCUCCACAGCCCAAGGGCUUCAGAAGGGCCGUCUCAGAGCAGGAUGCCAAGCAGGCUGAGGCCAUCAUGUCCCCAAGGUUCAUCGGGCGGAGGCAGAGUCUCAUUGAGGAUGCCCGGAAGGAACGGGAGGCAGCAGCAGCGGCAGCAGCGGCGGCAGCAGCAGCAGCGGCAGCAGUAGCCUCCUCGGAACCUGGGAACCCGCUGGAGGCUGUGGUGUUUGAGGAGAGGGACGGGAAGGCUGUUCUCAACCUGCUCUUCUCUCUGAGGGGUACAAAACCCUCCUCACUGUCCCGGGCUGUGAAAGUGUUUGAGACAUUUGAAGCCAAAAUCCACCACUUAGAGACCCGGCCCGCCCAGAGGCCAGUGGCGGGGAGCCCCCAGCUGGAGUACUUUGUGCGCUUCGAGGUGCCCAGUGCAGACCUGGCUGCCCUCCUCAGCUCUGUGCGCCGUGUGUCUGAUGACGUCCGCAGUGCCAGAGAGGAAAAGGUUCCCUGGUUCCCAAGGAAGGUGUCAGAAUUGGACAAGUGUCAUCACCUGGUCACCAAGUUCGACCCUGACCUGGACCUGGACCAUCCGGGCUUCUCUGACCAGGUGUACCGCCAGCGCCGAAAGCUGAUUGCAGAGAUUGCCUUCCAAUACAAGCAGGGUGAACCAAUUCCCCAUGUGGAAUACACUGCCGAGGAAAUUGCUACCUGGAAGGAGGUCUAUGCCACGCUGAAGGGCCUCUACGCUACCCACGCCUGCCGGGAGCACCUGGAGGCUUUCCAGCUCCUGGAACGCUACUGCGGCUACCGAGAGGACAGCAUCCCACAGCUGGAGGACGUGUCCCGCUUCCUGAAGGAGCGGACUGGCUUCCAGCUGCGACCCGUGGCCGGCCUGCUGUCCGCCCGCGACUUUCUGGCCAGCCUGGCCUUCCGUGUAUUUCAGUGCACACAGUAUAUCCGCCACGCCUCCUCACCCAUGCACUCACCUGAGCCGGACUGUUGCCAUGAGCUGUUGGGACAUGUACCCAUGUUGGCUGACCGCACAUUUGCCCAGUUCUCCCAGGACAUUGGACUUGCCUCUCUGGGGGCCUCAGAUGAAGAAAUUGAGAAACUAUCCACGGUGUACUGGUUCACUGUGGAGUUUGGGCUGUGUAAACAGAACGGGGAGCUGAAGGCCUAUGGUGCAGGGCUGCUGUCCUCCUAUGGAGAGCUCCUGCACUCCCUGUCAGAGGAGCCCGAGGUCCGGGCAUUUGACCCGGACACUGCAGCUGUACAGCCCUACCAAGACCAGACCUACCAGCCGGUGUACUUUGUGUCUGAGAGCUUCAGUGAUGCCAAGGACAAGCUCAGGAACUAUGCCUCUCGUAUUCAGCGCCCAUUCUCCGUGAAGUUUGACCCCUACACGCUGGCCAUUGACGUGCUGGACAGUCCUCACACCAUCCGGCGCUCCUUGGAGGGGGUCCAGGAUGAGCUGCACACCCUGGCCCAUGCGCUCAGUGCCAUUAGCUAAAUGUAGAGCGUGCCAGCCACAGGUUCCAGGGGCCGUCCCCAAAGUCUCCGCCCCCUACUCCAACCUUCCCUGGCCCAGAGGCUUUCCCCUGGGUGUGGCCAGGCCAUGGGUACUCCCAAAAUCUGCUUGGGCCCUCUGACGUGCUUCCCCUGGACAACCCCCUGCUUCUCCGCCCUGUGUCUUACUACUGCAUGCACUUCAGGGCGGUCCUGCUUUGCCCCCUGCCCUUCGCGCCGUAGACCACCCUGAGCAUUAUCUCAAUAAAGGAAGGAAAG